AGGAUAUUUACAUGAUGUCUUAUAUAGAGCGAGCUUUCCUUAUCUAUUUUGGUUGGACCUCUGGAUGUUCUUUUCACUGUGUGGUUCAAGUAGCUUCUUUAUCUUGAGAAUUUACAUAGGCAAUAAAUCAGUGAAAGGUGAACCCAUACUGUAGAGAGACUAUGUCCAUUUUAUGAACAUGUAGUUCAAGUCUAAAUAUAUGUGCCCAGUUAUAAUGUUUAUUAUCCAUCCUUCCUCACUAGGAUAUUGAUGACUUUCUUAGCAAGGAGUGACUUAGAAUCUCAAGCCUGGUUCAGUCUGGAUCUUGUCUCGUUGCUUUGAUCUGUGCCUUCGAUUCACAUAUGGGCCUCAGAAUUUCAUCUUGGUCCAAAUACAUCUGGUCAGUUCCAGGAGUCGGGUACCUUGCUGAACUCUGUUGAAUUCUCACCCAUCACAAUGAGCAACAGAUUCCUGGGCACCUGGAAACUUGUCUCCAGUGAGAACUUUGAUGACUACAUGAAAGCUCUGGGUGUGGGGUUAGCCACCAGAAAACUGGGAAAUUUGGCCAAACCCACUGUGAUCAUCAGCAAGAAAGGAGAUGUUAUAACUAUAAGAACUGAAAGUGCCUUCAAAAAUACAGAGAUCUCCUUCAAGCUAGGCCGAGAAUUUGAAGAAACCACAGCUGACAAUAGGAAAGCCAAGAGCACUGUAACCUUGGCAAGAGGUUCACUGAAUCAAGUGCAGAAAUGGGAUGGCAACGAGACAACAAUAAAGAGAAAGUUGGUGGAUGGGAAAAUGGUAGUGGAAUGUAAGAUGAAGGACGUGGUUUGUACCAGGGUUUAUGAGAAGGUCUGAGAAGAUCCUCACUGAAGUGGUAUUUGACCAUUUGAUGUUGGAAGUCAAUUGUUUCCGUGCCAAGGCCUCACUACAUACUGCAGUUUGCUUGUCUGUUUUUGCUUUUGUCUUAAUAGAUCCGAUAGGCAAAGGCCUAAACUGAGGAUUAAGCUAAAAUUCAGUGUUAUUUAAACAUUUUCAAUUUGCAUGCACAUCUUUACUAUAUUAAAGUAUGUAUAUUGGCCAGUCCUCAAUAGUUGAUAAUGUCGUUUAAUUAUCUGCGAAAUUCUAACCUAUGUCGUACUUUGUAUAUUUGAAAUGACAGUAAAAGGAAGUCAGAAGACAGUAGAAGGAAGUAAAUAUAUUGACCUCAAAUGCUUUCAGGGGCCAGGAGAAUAGGAGGGAGGGGGAUCCGAAUGAGGCAAUCUAGAAGAAGGAGCUGGUUUAAAAUGACGAGUUCUAGUUUCAACUAAAAGGUGCAGCCUGUACUAUACUCCAGCCAAUUCUUUUUAAAUUGACAGCUAAUUUACAGACGGUGAAAUGCACCGAUAUCAAAGGUAGAGUUCCUUUAAUCCAUUAUGACAAACGCCUUCACCCAUAGAAUUCACAUCCUGAUCGAGAUACAGUACAUUUCCUUAAUCCCAGAAUGCUUUCUCUGCUCCUUCUCAGCCAAUGUCCGGCCGUGUCCUACCUCCAACCAAAGCAAAUGGUGAUUUGGUUUCUAUCACCACAGGUUAGUUUUGCCUGUUCUCAAACUUCAUAGAAAUGGAAUCAUACAUUCUGUGUUCUUUUCAGUCUGGCUUUUAAACCUCAGCAUGAUGUUUUUGAGAUUCACCCGUGUUGUUGCAUGCAGCAGUAAUUUGUUCCUUUUUAUUGCUGAGCAGUA